UCUUUUUCUUCACUCUGCCUUGAAGAAAAAGAAAACAGCCUCUUCUCUCUGCUGACAAAACCCUCAUCUUCCUCCAUUGUGAUACACAUAUUCUAGAGAGAGAAAGUCUGAGAGAGAGAGAGAGAGAGAGAGAGUGAAGUGAAGAAUAGGACUUGGUGAAGAUGUUUAGGAACCAGUACGACACAGAUGUGACCACAUGGAGUCCCCAAGGGAGGCUCUUCCAGGUGGAGUACGCCAUGGAGGCGGUGAAGCAGGGCUCGGCGGCGAUUGGUCUCCGAUCCAAGACCCACGUUGUGUUGGCGAGCGUUAACAAGGCUCAGUCCGAACUCUCGUCUUACCAGAAGAAGAUCUUCAAGGUCGACGAUCACAUCGGCGUCGCCAUCGCCGGACUCACCGCCGACGGCCGUGUUCUGUCCCGGUAUAUGCGAUCCGAGUGCAUCAAUUACAGCUACACUUACGAGUCUCCUCUCCCCGUUGGCCGCCUCGUCGUUCAGCUCGCUGACAAAGCCCAGGUUUGUACCCAGCGCUCAUGGAAACGGCCGUAUGGGGUUGGUUUGCUGGUAGCUGGCUUGGAUGAAUCUGGGGCUCACCUCUACUACAAUUGCCCAAGUGGAAACUAUUUCGAAUACCAAGCUUUUGCCAUUGGGUCCCGCUCACAAGCAGCUAAGACAUACUUGGAACGCAGGUUUGAAAGCUUCAUAAGCUCUACACGGGAAGAUCUACUCAAGGAUGCACUCUUUGCAUUGAGGGAAACUUUACAGGGAGAAAAGCUCAAGAGCUCCAUAUGCACGGUUUCUGUGGUAGGAGUAGGAGAGGCGUUCCAUAUAUUGGAUAAUGAAACGGUGCAAGCAUUGAUUGAUGCAUUUGAGAUAGUCGGGGAAGAAGCUCCUGCUGCUGGUGAAGAAGCUCCUGCUGCUGAAGAAGCUGCUGCUGCUGAAGACCAAGGCGACCAAAGUGCCCCUGCUGACGCGACUGUGGCUCCAAUGGAUAUUUGAGGGUGCGAGAGUUGUGGGCAGUCUUUCAAUCCUUGUCCUAGGAUAAGGUUCUUAAGACAUUUGCAGAAUGAGGUAAUGAAAUGUGGAUGGUGCGAUGGACAACAUAAUUUCUUGUUGGAUGUUUUAUUUGUUGAGCAAUUUAUCUUCUCUUUCCCAUCAUCAGUGCAGACUUUUGAAGCUUGUCUCGGUUGAACUCUGGUUUACUUUAUUAUAUACUUGGAUACAAUUGACUAUGCUGCUUGGUUGGACCAA